AUGCCGUAUUUGUAUUCGUGUCUCAGUGUGUCUCACUUUUUGCUGCCCAUCAAUGUAAAGAAGAAAUUUCGCCGUCAGCAGCAACAGCAGCAGCAGCAGCAGCGCCAGCAACAACAACAAAUGCGUUCCCAAAGCUGUCGACAACGUCUGGGGAUCAAAAAGAUUUGGCUGCCGCUUAUCAUUUUCCUUUCACUGCAGCUCGCUUUGAUCCGCGCGGAUGAGGUUGAGGUGGUGAAGGCAAUCGCUGGCGGCGGCAACGAUGAGCUCUCCAUGGGACUCAGCGAGCAAGACAAUGAGGUGGAUCAAAUGGCCCUCGAAUCGGAACAGGAACAGCAGCAACAGCAGCAACAGCAGCAGCAGCAGCAGCAACAGCAGCAGCAACAGCUACAACAACAACAGCAGCAGCAGCAGCUGCAGCAGCAGCAACAAUCCAUGUCGGGGCCCAAGGUGCAGGUGCAUUACCAGCACAAUGGCCCGCCGCAGGCACCACCCGGUCUCAGCCUGGGCCUGGGCAACAACCAUCAGAAUAUACCCAUGAGCUUUGGGCAGCCGUUUGGACCACCGCCGCCGCCGGGCGCACAAUUCUAUAAGGGACCACCGCCGCCGGCACCACAGCGACCACCGCCGCCGCCGCCGCAGGUGCAGCAGGUGCAACAGCAGGUGCAGGUGCAAUCGCUGCCCGAUCUGAGCGUGGGCGCCUCCAGCAACAACGAGAUCUGGGCCUCGCCCGUUCAGGACAUGCCCAAGAUCGUUUCGCUGGACGUUAAGUGCGAGAAGAGCGGCAUGAAGGUCUUUGUGCAGUUCGACAAGCCCUUCAAUGGCAUCGUCUUCUCCAAGGGCCACUACAGCAACAUGAACUGUGUCCAUCUGCCCUCCGGCCUGGGCCGCAGCUCGGCAAGCUUUGAUAUUGGACUGCACGAAUGCGGCACCGCCGGCAACACUGACAACUACAAUCAGGGCUACGGGCAUGAGGCUGGCGGCGGUACCGGCGCUGGCACCUAUUUUGAGAACAUCAUUGUCAUCCAGUACGAUCCGCAAGUGCAGGAGGUGUGGGAUCAGGCGCGCAAGCUGCGCUGCACCUGGCACGAUCAGUACGAGAAGAGCGUCACCUUCCGGCCGUUCCCGGUGGACAUGCUGGAUGUGGUGCGCGCUGAUUUUGCCGGUGACAAUGUCGGCUGCUGGAUGCAAAUCCAGGUGGGCAAGGGUCCUUGGGCGUCGGAGGUCUCCGGCCUGGUCAAAAUCGGCCAGACCAUGACCAUGGUGCUGGCCAUCAAGGAUGAUGACUCCAAGUUCGAUAUGCUUGUGCGCAACUGUGUCGCCCACGAUGGCAAACGUGCGCCCAUCCAGCUGGUGGAUCAGCGCGGCUGCGUCACCCGACCCAAGCUGAUGUCACGCUUCACCAAGAUCAAGAACUUUGGCGCAUCCGCCUCGGUGCUGUCGUAUGCCCACUUCCAGGCGUUCAAGUUCCCCGACUCGAUGGAGGUGCACUUCCAGUGCACUAUUCAGAUCUGUCGCUACCAUUGCCCGGAUCAGUGCAGCGCCGAGACAAAUCUGCAGGAUGUACACCAUCUGCAGGUGGGGCCCGAGUCCCAAUAUGGUCCGCCGCCGCCGCAGCUGCAUGUGGAUGCCUAUCAUGUGGCCAGUGCCAUUGGCAAGCGACGCGACGAGCGACGCGUCCAGCGACGGGCACGUGCCGUAGCCGAGACCACGGAGCAGGUGGGCCUCAAUCGCAUCAUCAAGGUGGUGUCCUCAGGCGAUCUGACCUUUGCCAUUGACGAGCAGGCGGCCGGCAACGGCAACGGCGAUGGCAACGGCACCAACAACAGCAACACAUUGCCCCAGACCAUGGUGUUCCCGGUGAGGGAGGAGGGACUCAUUUGCAUGACCACGCCGGGCUUUGCCAUUACGCUUAUUGUGCUGCUUGGCAUUUUGGUCACAUCCUGCCUCAUCUCGGCGGUGCUCUACGUACGCCUGAGGCCCUUCUCCAGCUUCGCCGCCAAGGAGCGUGCCGUCGCCUUUACGAAUCCACAGCUGGCGGCCGCCGCCCUGCCCGUCAUCCAUCUGCCGUCGCCGGCCGAUGCACUGCCGGGCACGCUCUCCAAGAAGCGGGCGCUCUCAUGA